UGCUGUGUGCGUGCAUGUCGGAUGGGUUGCCUAACCCCCCGGCGGACGACAGAGACAACAAAACGAAACUAUAAAAGCGUUGUCAUAGCAACAAGUACAUAAAGUGCCAAUCAUUAGAAUUUUUACCACAUUUAAAACGCGAAUAAAGAAAAACCAACCGCAGAUAUUUUGUGCUGAGUCGUUAACUAUGGUAGAGGACGAAUUCGAUAACUUCAUGGAGAGAGUGACGAAAGUUGAGCACAUGAUGAAAAUGUUGAAAUCUUCGGACCCGCAAGUAGCAGACCGAGCCCGUCAAAUGGCAGACAUCCUGGUGCGUAGCGAUCAAGUGCCACACAAGCAUCAAUACGGUCUUCUUGAGGAGGGAAGUGACGAACUCCAGUCCAAUCUGUCGUCCAGGGUUGAUCGGACUGUGAUUAACAAGAAAGCCUUCGAGGUAGUGGGGGGAACAAAUAAUCCAACAGAUAUGACAAAAGAGGACUUCAUGGCUCAAGUAGAAAAGGAUGCUCAGAGAAGGGCCAAGGAUCGCAAGGAAAGAAAACAACGUUCUGAUGAACUCAAAGCAAAAGCAAAUAAAGCCUUUCGAGAAAAAAAAUUUGAGGAAGCAUUAGACUUAUACAGCAAGGCAAUUGAUGAAACACGAGAUAGUGCUCUUUUAUUUGAAAAUAGGGCACUUACGUAUCUACAUCUUGAGUUGUUUCAAAGGGUUGUAAAAGACUGUGAGUCAGCAUUGGGUUUGAAUGCAAAUAGUCUCAAG